GCGUAUAGGCCGUAUGGAAAUCCGAACAACCCGUGUAUUGUGUUUCCUACAUGCUACGCGGGCCUGGUAGUAGAAAGUACUGAGAUUCUUCAGGCUCUGGACACGAACAAGUAUUUCGUUGUCUCUUUCGCACUUUUCUCGAAUGGAGAAUCGUCUUCCCCGUCUAACACACCCAAGCCCCAUAAUGGUCCUUAUUUCCCCGCCGUGUCGUAUCCUGACAAUAUACGGGCACAGCAUGCGGUCUUGACGAAGAAGUUGGGAAUACAGAAAUUGUACUGUGUCGUUGGAUUUUCUAUGGGCGGACAACAAGCGUAUCAUUGGGCUACGAUGUAUCCGGACUUCGUAGAGCGUAUCGUUGUAAUUUGCUCGUCCGCGCGUACUAGCCCACAUAAUAAAUGCUUCUUAGAGGGUCCGAAGGCCGCACUCGUAGCAUCGAAGGACUUCGAUAAUGGGCAUUAUAAGACUCCGCCAGAACAUGGGAUCCGCGCUUUUGCAAGGGUGUAUAGUGCAUGGGCGUAUGGACAGGCGGUGCUUCUGGUUCAUACAGAUCAUUGGAACAACCACAUUAGGUACCCGGAUUUAGAGUCCUGGCUGAAGGAAGCUUGGGAGGGCCGUUAUGUUGAGAACUGGGAUGCGAAUGAUAUGCUCACACUUCUCCGCACUUGGCAGGGUGGAGAUAUCUCUCAAGUACAGCAUGUCGGAGACCUGGAGGCAGCACUGGGAUCUAUUAAGGCCAAGGCUUUAAUUAUGCCGUGCAAGACUGAUUUGUACUUUACUCCAGAAGACAGUCAAAACGAGGUAGCUCAUCUCAAGAACGCACGUUUAGUCAUCAUCCCUAGCGUCUGGGGUCACGUC